AUGAUAGUAUAUAAUAUGAAGCAGUUAUUAUUGCUUGUAUGCUUUAUAGUAGGAUAUGUUAAAGCUGAAGAUGGCUUUAGAAAGUCAGCCACAUGUCUUUCAAAAUAUGAAUUUAUUCCUGAGGGUUUUACUGUUAAUGAGAUUUGUUUUCUAGAGAGAAGAAGUGGACUUUAUGGAAAAGACCCUAAUCUACAUAGUUGGUUGGUCAUACAGAAUCAAUUAGGUUUACAAUUUAAAGAUUCUUAUGAUCCAGUAAAGGAUUAUCUUUAUUUGUACGAGCCUGAACAUGAAUUAACAGUAAUGCAUGAACAGGCGAUCCAUCAAGCACUUGAGGACUGGCAAUACGAUAAAAGUCGUGACUACUGUAUAAAUUAUGACAGUGAUACAGAAGAUGAAGAACAAAAUAUAGAGAAUGUUGAAGAGGAUGAUUCAGAUGUAUAUGUAUCUAGCCUUAUCGAUGAUUUACAACAACAAGUAUUGGGUUUACUUCAUGAAGAUGACGAUGAUGAUGAAGAUGAUGAUGAUGACGACGAAGAAGAAGUACUCAAAGAUUGA